UGUGAGCUAGAACAAGAGUCGGCGAAUAGCGACGCGUACAGCCAUACCGAUCCCCACUGUCAGACGAGGAGCAUCCUAGCAAGCAGCAGCAGCAGCCCGGUAGCAGAGAAACCAUGAAGACGUGCCUUGUGUUUUCCCUUGUCGUCAUCGCACUGAUAUCGACCUGCGGAGCAGCUCCCUACAACUACUUCGAUCGUGAUGUAGAAGAUGGAAAAUACGGCAACGCCCUAGACAUCCUGCCCGACUACAACCCGUACUUGUACAAUGACGACAGCAAGGACACCAACGUUGACGAUGUCGUGGAAGACGAAGGCAAGGACGACAACCAAGGAUAUCCGCUGAACUACUACACGAAUGAAGAGGAGAAGGAAGAUACAGAUGUGCAGCCCUACUACGAAGAGAUGGGAAAGAAAGAGGGUUGGGAGUCCUACAAAGAUGAGCUGAAGAAUGAGGAUGAAGAGGAAGAUGGGGAGGUCGGACAAUAUUUCGGGGAUGAGGAUGAGGAGGAUGAAGAUGAGGAGUUGUAUGGAGAUGAGCAGCAGGAGGAUGAGGAAGACGGAGAGGUUGGACAAUAUUUCGGAGAUGAGGAUGAGGAGGAUGAAGAUGAAGAAGGAUUAUACGGGGAUGAGGAAGAGGAAGAUGAGAAUGAAGAAGGAUUAUACGGGGAUGAGGAAGAGGAAGAUGAAGAUGAAGAUGAAGAAGGACUAUACGGAGAUGAGGAUGAAGAUGAAGAAGGAUUAUACGGGGAUGAGGAAGAGGAAGAUGAGGAUGAAGAAGAAUUAUACGGGGAUGAGGAUGAGGAUGAAGAGAUUGAUGAUGGGGAAUUGUUUGGAGACGAAGAUGAGGAGGAUGAGGAGGAAGGACCUUUUGACGAGAAUGAAGAGGAAGAGGACGAGGAGACGGAUGAGGACGAACAACCAUACGAGGAGGAGGAUGAUGAGACGGAUGAAGACGAACAACCGUACGAAGAGGAGGAUGAGGAGCAGUAUGAGGAGAACGAAGAGGAACCCGUAUAUGACGGUGAAGAGAAUGAGGAGGAUGACGAGGAGAAGCCAUCCUGGGAUGAGAACGAGGACGAAGAGGAAGAUGAGAAUGAGGAGGUUGACUACAGCAAUAUCUACCAGCCACAGAUCAACGACGAGUCCCUAGCGUACGCGGGAGAGCAGAUCAACGGCGGAGACGUGACCACUUACUAAGUAAAGCCACCGACGCCAAGAGACUUUAAUCUGGCGAUUUGCCAGCAAAUUCGUGUAUUUUUUGUUUUUAUGUGAGUCUAGUACGGCUGGCGAGUGCGUGCACGUGACUCGACUGUCGGUCCCUGUGAUGUUGUCACGUGUGCAGCCCGUAAGAAGCACGUGACAGCGAAAUGACGUAGGCGCUCAGUCCCCUACGAACAUAUGCAGUUUAUUAAACUACACAAGAUUUUAUGUAAAGCCGUAAUAAAAACAGUCAAUAUAUUAGAGUCAAUGUAUAGAAAUAAAUUUUUUAUUAGGAAUUAUUUCGGUAUAUAGAGAUAUUUUUGAUAUUCGAGACCGGACACAUUUAAUACAGUCUAGGGUUAGUCAGAAAACUGAUUUUCGCUAAUACAAUCUCACAUUGGAAUUAGAGGUUCUCAAAUAAAACCACUGUUUGCAUCAUA